UAUCCCCGGCGCCCCCGCCGCCGCGAUGAGUUUCAGCCGCUUCUGCCGCCUGCUGAAGCCGGCGCUUCUCUGCGGAGCGCUGGCCACGCCCGGCCUAGCUAGCACCAUGUGCGCAUCCCGCGAUGACUGGCGCUGUGCAACCUCUAUGCACGAGUUCUCAGCCAAGGACAUCGACGGGCGCAUGGUUGCCCUGGACAAGUACCGGGGUUUCGUGUGCAUCGUCACCAACGUGGCCUCACAAUGAGGCAAAACAGACGUAAAUUACACUCAGCUUGUCGACCUGCACGCCAGAUAUGCCGAGUGUGGUUUACGGAUCCUGGCCUUCCCCUGCAACCAGUUCGGAAGGCAGGAGCCAGGGAGUAACGCCGAGAUCAAAGAGUUUGCUGCCGGCUAUAACGUCAAAUUCGAUAUGUUUAGCAAGAUCUGUGUAAAUGGGGAUGAUGCCCACCCACUGUGGAAGUGGAUGAAAGUCCAGCCCAAAGGGAGGGGCAUCCUGGGAAAUGCCAUCAAGUGGAACUUCACCAAGUUCCUCAUUGACAAGAACGGCUGUGUGGUGAAGCGCUAUGGCCCCAUGGAAGAGCCCCUGGUGAUAGAGAAGGACUUGCCCUGCUACUUUUAGCUCCACAAGUGUGUGCCCCCCACCCGAGCCUCCUGCCUGCGCCCCUCGGAACCUUCCAGCCGGCACCCAUGACGGUCUGCCUAAAAACCAGCCUACUGGUGAGGCAAACCUGAGAACCUGGCGUGCACCCCUGCCGGAAGAAGGUCCCUCGGUCUGGCUCCAGGCUCGGCAGCUGCACCCCACUCUGGCUGCCUUGUGGGAAUAAAACACACAAAUUGGCCUG